AUGGAUGGAAUCCCCACAAAUUCAUCGCAGUCGGAACUUGAAAUCAUUCGACAGACCGUCCAGGAAAAUUAUGGAUCGAUCAUGAUUGGGACUUUUAUUGGGCUUAUUCUAUAUGGUGUUUCACUACACCAAGCAUUUCGAUACUGGAUACUUCAUCCCACGGACGGGUAUGCCAUCCGGUCUAUCGUCGUGUCGCUAUGCUUUCUUGAAACUCUCCACUCAAUCGCGACAAUGCACACCUGUUACCACUAUCUGGUCACUGGAUAUUUCAAUCCCGGCGGACUCGCGUCUACUGUGUGGUCCUUGACAAUUGCGUUUGGAGUCUCGAGUCUCAUCGCUAUCACAGCUCAGCUCUUCUUUGCGAGACGAGUCAGCCUCAUCUCCCUGAAAUACAAGAUGUUGGCGUUGCUAGCGGGAGUACUACUGCUCGUCAAGCUGGCUGGCAGCAUAGCGUACACAAUCCGCGGGUUUACAUCCUCCAGGAACGACAUUUGGGAGAUGGAGAACCAGUGGAUUCCUCAACUCGCUCUUGGUGCAGCGACGGUCGCAGAUGUAUUGCUUUCCGGAUCACUUUUCUCGGUGAUAUUCAAGAGCAGCGCUGGCCACGAACGAUCGUCUUGGCGCAGUGCGAUCAUAAUUUUUGGGAUCAAUACCGGCCUUCUCAUCCUAAUUUUCGACCUCACAUGCUUCGUUUUGGCACUGGCCAAACCCAACAAUGGCUACUGGGGAGCGAUCAAUAUCGUGACUGUCAGGCUUUACGCAAACACUCUUUUCAGCGUCCUCAAUUCGCGCCAUAUCCAGCUCAACCGUCACAUCGACCUUACAAGUGACACACAUCUCCUUCGCGGCAACAUCUUCGCGCGAGCGAACAUGCUCGCCACUGCAGAGCGUUGGAACGUCCCUCAGACGAAGAACGACGCGCCCUCAGCGGCCAUCGAUAUCAGGGUUACAACGGGGAAUGAACGGUUUCUCGAUGGGGGGAAUUUCGCAGGCGUCGUGUAUAAAGACCGGGGGGACAGGAAGCCCGCUGCGGUGAAUGAGUUGUGA